UUCACAUUCAAAUAUUUGUUUAUUUAUUCCCUGGAAGGUCGUGAAACAAAUGCCCACAAUCGCUUCGAAUAAGCAACCCACAAUUGCUAUUAUAACGGCACAGUACUGUGAAAAACUUGCGGUGGACGCCAUGUUGGAGAACAAGGAAACAUUUGUACGCUAUACUACAGUCGGCGAAUCGAAUGUCUACACCUUGGGCAACAUUGGUGCACAUCGCAUCGUCAGCACGAAAUUACCUUCGGCUGGCAGUACUCGCGAAGCUAUGACCGCUACAGGCAAUACAACGACACGUCUAUUGGGUACAUUCCAAAAGGUCGACUAUGUCUUCGUGGUGGGCGUGGCCGGUGGUGUGCCACAUUAUACAGAUUACAAGAAGCAUGUGCGACUGGGAGAUGUGGUCGUUUCAUAUGUGGAGAAACAACGAGCGCUAUUGAGCAAAAAUGAGAAACCCUACGUUUAUGUCUACAAGAACAUAAACGUAGGGUUUCUCAUUUCUGUGUUGUUAUGUAAAUGUAGCAAGGAAUAG